GAAAGUCCCCCACCCUCCACAUCAUCCUCCCGUCGUGAUGGCACUGUUGCAUUCCCGCCGUUCGGAUUGCUCCAGAAUACUCCAACUACCAAGGCGACGGCAAACGGUUUCAACCAGCAGCAUUCACGGAUACGGAUCAGUUCGGUUAGGAUUGCGCUCGAAGUUGGACGUGUUUUCAGCCGGUUGCUCCAGCGCCGUCUUUGAGCCGGAUUUGUGAAUUCUGACGAGUGGAAGAAUUUGACCGUUACUCUGCGAAGCCGCUGAAAUAAAAAGUGACUGGUACUUCAGAAAGCGUGAAAAGGUGAUGGGAAGAAACAAAAUUAAACGAGUGCAUUAUGCUUCGUCUGUCCCUUGGGAUGCAAGAAAACGAGCAAAAGAUGCCCCGGAGGCAACCGGUCGUAAUUUAAAUGGCUAGUUAGUGGGAUGGUUGUCACAGAGAAAUAAAGAAGGGAGGAAAAAAAUCUAGUGCAGCCGGCAGGCACACUCUACGUGCUCCUCUCGCUACACCCUUGACGAGGGCACAAUAGUUUAUGGAAGAAAAGUGAUUUAAGUGGUACCCUGGGUUUGGAGGGAUUGUACACAAGAACUCAACGCGAGCAGAGCAAAGUGCAUUAAAAAGUUGGUCGUAAUUGAAAAGUGCAUGACAAACAGAAUAAAAAUGUAAGGUUCGUUACGGUUUCAACAGUCGCGAUGAUAGAGUUGGAUGCGGUUGACUCUCAGUAGUGCAAAAAAGAAUGAAAUAAGAUUAGAAACUGAAAGUAGAAGAUAACUUACACUAGGUGCAAUAGUGAAGCUCACAUGCAACUCCUAGCAAAGUGGAUGUUGAUGUAAAUUAUCUGUGAUGUAAUGAAAAACUUGCGAUGCAAACAAGUGAAUCUUGCUGCAGAACAAAGGCGAAAGGAUUACUUUGAGGCUAGUAGCUAUCUGGCUGGCCAGUGUGAAGUCGUUGUCGUCGCAAUCAUCGUUUAGCUUGAAAAGAACGCCAUCUCAUGGGUGAAGAAGGAUGUUUCGUUCUCUUGGUUAGCUCUAUCUUUCGACGCCAGCCGAUGGUAGAUGAAAAUUAAUCUAACAUUCCGGUGUUAGCAUUUCGUUCAGCGACAAGUACACACCAUCAUAUGAGCAACCUGGGUUCUUUUUUCUGUGUGUAGAUUGUGAUGUUCUGGCAACUUGUUGCUUGAAGCAGCAGCCACUCGGAAAAGUGAAAUGUGCACCAGAAGAAAUCAUUGCUUUCCGUGUGUUUGAAUGAGAUACGCAAGCACUAGCACUAGAAAGGCACGGGAAGGUUACAGCGGGGUCUGUCAAAACGGGCUCUAGAACUGUGUGUAAUCUUGAAGGGGUUUUCGCACAACUCAGUACUGUCAAGCACUGAAGGGGAAAAAGCAAAUACAGGCAGAUUCAGGCAACGAGCACGGAAAGCGAGAGAAAAUGCAACGAGUCAGCACACGAUAGUGUAGUGAGUAGCUGCUGAGUGCUUCAAUCUUGGCCAACUGGAGAAUGCACGUAAGGAUAAUAGACUACAACCCGCGGCUCGAUUCACCGUAGCGGAAAAAUUUAUGGUACCGUCAAGUCCCACAACUGAAAUAAUCGAUAUGUCAAUUGAUGCUGCAGCCAUUGCCGCUAGCGCCGGAGAAGCCUCCAAUGUUCUUAGCCGAUUAUCAGCCGCUUUAAGUGGUAGUGGUGGUAGUACAGAAACAGGGGCCACACUAGCUGUCGGCGUCGCAUCUGACACGGCGGGCGAACGGAAGCGAUUUUACUUCAACGAACACGAAGACGAUGGGCAAUUUAACAGCCCCCAUCAUUAUCAGCAGCGGGCCCUGCUACUGGGAGAAAAUAUCACAGCAUCCACAAUGUACUCCACAAUGGAACCCGCUGUCUACGAUCCGGUGGAAACGGACAAUAACACCAAUUUUUAUUAUAUGAAUAGCGUCUCCGGCGUGGGGAAUUCCUUCGGGGUUGGCCACAAUGGCACACUUCCAUUUGCAGAUGACUACUACCAGAGCUGUAUGGGUCUGCACGAUGGCAAUACGUCCUAUCUGAAUGUGUCCUGCGAAACGAUCCUCAACUAUGGCAUUCCGCUGUAUGGCUACUGCACACCCUUCUUCAUCCUCAUCACCCUAACGGCCAACUCCUUGAUCGUGAUUGUUCUCAGCAAACGGAGCAUGGCAUCACCAACCAAUUUCGUGCUGAUGGGAAUGGCACUGUGUGACAUGUUCACCCUACUCUUUCCGGCACCCGGCCUACUGUACAUGUACACGUUUGGCAAUCAUUACAAGCCGCUAUCGCCGAUAGCAGCCUGCUACGUUUGGAAUGCACUGAACGAGAUCAUACCGGCUAUGUUUCACACAGCAUCGAUUUGGCUAACGCUAGCUCUAGCAGUGCAGAGGUACGUCUACGUCUGCCACGCACCCAUCGCCCGGACCUGGUGUACAAUACCGAGAGUGAAGAAGUGUAUAGCCUACAUCUGUAUAGCUGCACUAAUUCAUCAGAGCACGAGAUUUUUUGAUCAGUCCUACAGUCUGAUAACAAUCGAUUGGAACGGCCACCCGGCGGAGGUUUGUCACACCGAGACCUCCAGCUGGGUGCACGACUACGUGGGGGAAGAUGUAUACUACACCUUCUACUACUCCUUCCGGAUAUUGUUCGUACACCUGAUACCGUGCGGCAGCUUAGUAGCGCUGAAUGUGCUACUGUUCAAGGCAAUGCGACAGGCGCAGAAGAAGCGCGAACGACUGUUCAAGGAUAACGUCAAGAAGCGGGAGUGCAAACGGGUUCGCGACUCGAACUGCACCACCCUGAUGCUCAUUGUGGUGGUGACGGUUUUCCUGAUUGUCGAAAUACCGCUCGCUGUUAUUACGGCCUUGCACAUCAUCUCCACGCUCAUCUACGAUUUCCUCGAUUAUUACAUUGCCAACAUGUUUAUUCUGUUUGCGAAUUUCUUCCUGAUUGUUAGCUAUCCGAUUAAUUUCGCCAUCUACUGCGGAAUGUCGCGCCAGUUUAGGGAAACAUUUAAGGAAAUUUUCGUACCCAAAGCCAAACAAAUACCAGGCAGCAAAAAGGAUUGCGGCUCCUCGCGAUACUCACUCGUCAAUGGUCCAAGGACAUUUACAAACGAAACGGUGCUAUAACUAUAAAUGAAACCAGUCACGGUUUCGGUGUUUCACAAUGCUAGCUAGACAAUGGAGGCAGUUGACAAAAGGGUUAUCAGCUAAUGGUUGUGAGGAAAAGUCAUAAAUAAAUUCUAGCAUUGAAUUGUCGUAACGAAUACUAGUGUACCACGAAAGAUAUAAUCAACAAUUAUUUUGAUAAAAUUUCAAUCCAACAACCUUUUCUUCCUGUGUAACUGAGGCGUGCACCAAGAUGAAACUACUAGUACCAAGAUGAAACUAACCAGUACCAGUGCAAAAUAAAAAGUCAAAAUAAUUACUAUUGCAGUAUGCAAAGCAGAAUGUGAUGUAUGUCGGUAAAUUACGGGGCAAAGCCGCCAAAUGUAAGCAGGAAACGAACAAUGUACAUACCCACAAUAACAUUUGAAAGAGAAAUUACGAGCCCAAUUUUCUAAUUCAAAUGAAGAUGGAAUUUAAAUGUUAAAAACCCGCUGCAUUGCGGUAGGCAAAAAUCAAAGCACAGUAGAAUCACCUCAGCACAGAUUGUUUUGAUCGCAUAGGAACUUACCAACUUAAAAAGUAACAGUGAAUAAAAAAAACCCAACGGACCCAAACAAAAAGCGUACUAAAUAACUAACGCAACCCUCGUUUGUUUUGUCUAAAUUCAUAUGGAAAAUGGUGUAAAACAAUUGCUAAGUUCUGCAAAUCAAUAAUAAAUAUAUAGUUAAAUAAUAUUCAAAUAAAUUUUCUCGGUUUUCAAACACGAUCAAUGCAUGUGCACUGAAAUCAGGUAUUAAAUCAAAACAAAGAUAGUUUAGGAAAAAAAUGUUUUGUUUCAUUUAUGGGAAGUCAAUGGUUAUUAAAUUUAGAUUUGAAAGAUGAUAAAAUACAAAUAAUAAAUAAAAUAUCGAACGGUGUACCUA